CAUCCUGCUGGCCACCGCCCUCGCCGCCAUGCUCGCCUACUUCGGCGCCGUGAGCUCCCUGCGGCCGGGUCCCGACGGAGCCGGCUGCAUCCUCGUCGAAGACGCCAAGAUGGCCGCGCAGGACGAGGAACCUCGUGACGUGACGUCAUCGCAGGCACCGACCGAGGAGUCGCUGCCGACGAGCACGGCGGUGCACUCUGGGGGCGGCCAGGCGACCAGCGGGGGCGGCGUGGGUGGCGACGCCCUGGUGCAGCAGCAGGCGCAGCCGCCGUCCGAGUGGCCCUCCUCGGUGCUGGAGAUGCCCGAGCUGGGACAGCCGCACUCCGCCACCAUACCGCCCUUCCAGUUCUGGAACUCUGAGUUCCGCAACAAGCAGCCUGCCUUCAUACGGUUCAACUUCACGCUGCCCUGGGGCGCCAACUUCGCGGUGUACGGGCGCCGGAAUGUGGCACCCAGCGUGACGCAGUACGACUUCGUCGAGUUCGUCAAGGGCGGCCGCGUGGACCACCGGCUUCGGCGCUCGCCGCCCGACGACGCCGACCUGCGGGAGCUGUACCGGCCGCCGAGGCACGCCGCCGUCAGCUUCACCAGGGGCGUCGCGACGCCGGGCGCCGGCGUCGUCGCCGAGCUGGUGGGCCACGUCGUGCCCGCGCCUGCCUUCAUCGUCAACCGCAACCACCUGGAGCGCAGCCCCGAUCAGAUCGUGAAGAACCAGACGAAACGGACCGAACAGCAGCAUCAGCAGAAGCCUCAGCAGCAACAGCAGCAGCAGCAGCAGAAGAAGCAGGAUUCGCGGAUGCAGAGCCGCAACCGGCGCUCCACGGGCCUGGGCGUGGGCACGGUGGGAGGCAGCCUGCUCAUGAUGGUCAACGUGACGCUGCUGCAGUAUCUGGACACGGGCCGCUGGUUCCUCUCCGUCUACAACGACGACCUGCGCCCGCACCGCGUCACCCUCGUCGUCGCCGAGGACGAGGGCGUGUCCACUGCGUGCCCCAACGACUGCUCCGGCCACGGAUCCUGCUACCUGGGCAAAUGCGACUGCAUAGACGGCUACGAGGGCGUCGACUGCUCCAAAAUGGAUUGCCCAGAUCCCACAUGCUCGGGUCAUGGUUCAUGUGUUGGUGGAAAAUGUUACUGUAAAGCUGGCUGGCAAGGCAUAAACUGCUCUUCAGUAGAUCAGCAAGUAUACCAGUGCUUGCCAGGAUGCUCUGAUCAUGGUUCUUACGACCUUGAGACUGCUGUAUGUGUCUGUGAUAAUUAUUGGACUGGUGCUGACUGCUCACAAGGAUCUAAAAAAGAGGAUGAUUCAUAUUUGCUAUAA